GUCCAAUAGAGGGCGUUUGACCAACAAGAGAGGCGUAGCGAGGGUGUCUCGUCAAAGUUUUGUUUUUAUCCUUUUCGAAGUCAAGUAUGUCUUCUAAAAUACGGCUGGAGGGUGGUGAGGUAAUUCCCGCCCAGGCAGAGGGAAACAGCGAUGUAUUUCAUGAUCAACCAUUUCUUUUAGCGAAAUCUCGGUGGGUAUCUGAUGACGAAGCAGUCAUAUGUCUUGUCUGCCAAAACAAGUUCAACCAGCUCCGACGCAAGCACCAUUGCCGUCAAUGUGGGCGUGUGCUUUGCAGUAAAUGUUGUAAGGAAAAGGUGCCUUUACCACAGCUUGGAUUUGAAGAACCAGAGAGAGUUUGUGACUAUUGCCUACCUAUAACAGAACUUGUAACAAAGUCAAGAUCUCGUAAAGCUUCCUUCCAACAGGAGGCCGCCAUUACGUUAUCAGAGGAGAUCCGCAGUCCGUCAGGUCUUUGUAAAGUCGUUGAACUUGGGGGAGUCCAAACAUUGAUAUUCCUAUCCAGACUAUCAGAUGAGAAGGUGCGGCUUGCGUGUGCAAGAAGUCUGCAUCUCCUAGCCACUCACCAACCUCUUCACAAGAUGCUCGCAGAUUCAGGCGCUAUAAAAGCUGUUUGUAGUUUACUGUCAUCAGCCAAUGAGAAUCAGGAACAGCUGAUAAUUGACGGCAUUAGCACCCUGAUGAUCUUUUGUAAGGCCCCAUAUUUAAAGGCCAAAGCCAUUACCAAUGGUGCAUUGCAACCAGUGCUGUCGCUAUGCAGUAUGAACGUCUCAGAAGCCAUUGCAUUAUUAGCUGUGAUGACCCUUAACCUUAUCACUGAACACCAGGGAAACCACGCAGCAUUGAUUGAGAAUGACCGUAAUGCACUCCCUCGUCUUCUCUCAUUGACCACAGCUAAAGAUGAACAAAUGCAAGAGGUAGCUUUAAAGACCCUUGCCCGCCUCUCCAUGGGUUCAGAUUGGCACAGACACAGAAUAAUACAGGAGGAUUUUUCCUCGGGGCGAUGUUUAGUCACAGCAAUUAGGAACAGGCCUAGGAACAAGCAGGUUCUCUCAAAUGCUGCGUGCCUUAUCGCAAACCUGGCAACCUCUGAACAAGAUCAAGGCACAAUGGUAGAAUGUAUGGAUGGGCUGUGUACCUUAUUAAUGCAGACAGGGGAGCAGAAAGAUCUCUUGGCACAUGUUGCCAGGGGAAUUGCCAACUUCUCUAAAUUCAAACAGAACUCUUACAAGCUUGUGCAGCAUUUGCCAAAUAUAAUAUCAAUUUGUGUCAAGUCACCUAUUGAGAAUGUAAGUCAACAUGGCUUGCGCACUGUGCUGUUUUUACUCCAAUAUUCAACAGAUGCAACUAUCAGUUUUUUGAUGAAUGACGGAGCAGUGCAGGUUUUCAACAGCAUGGUAAAAACUCUCGGAGUGAUGGACAAUAUGCAAAGGGCACUGGUCAGCAAUGUCCAAGAAAGAGUCUCACCGUCAUGAAUACAACAACUGCCUAUAUAUAGCACCCUCUGUGUAUAUUGUUCUACAGUUACAUUUUAUAAGAAUGUUGUAUACAGCAUUUUUGUUUUACAAUUAUUAUAUACUGGUAUAAACGGAACAUUGUAAGGCUGCUAUUCAAUUAAAAAAUAUUUCAAGCUGCCAAACAUCAGGCUGAAUUACUUUCUGUCUGUAUUAUAGGUUAACGACAAGGGUAAAGCCGAAAUUGGGUUGCCAAAUAAAUUAGAAGGUCGCAUGAUUCUUUAGGAUUUUUAAUUGAUUUUUAUAACAUGCUAAAUUUUGCUGUAGUAAAGAGAGUGCAGUAUAAGUACAUCAAUAAUUUUGUUAAUGACCCAUUAUACAAAUCUGUAUUGAACGUCCCAAGAAGUGGAUCACAGCAAAUCGCCUAAACUUUUGUUUGAGUCAUCAGCCAAAAAGUUUGAUAACCACCCUUAAACCAUCCAGUCGUGUAUCUAUGAGAGGGAAUGGUGCCAAAAAUGUCUUCCCCACCCCCUCCCCCACUGGGAAUUUGAUAACAAAAACAUUACACUCAAGUAGUUAAAAUAUCCAUUACCUUAUUUUACAAGCUAGCACCUUCUCACUUAGGUAUCUAUCCCCUCCUCCUAAACUCCCCACCCCCAUCAACUCCUCCCUCUUGUCCACUGUCAUCAUCUAAUUCUUAUUGUUUGGAAUUAUUGAGUAUCAAAACAAGCAAAUCUUGAGUUUGACGUAAUAUAUAAUCAUAAUAAAAAUGUUAUAUUUUAUGUAAUUACAAUUACUUAGUUACAUGCAAGAGUUAAAUAUAAAUCGUCAUUGCUAUUCAGAAGUUUGUGUUCAUUUUAUCAACAACUAGAAGAGGCUACCGAUAACUUUUGUAUUCAGAGAAAAAAAAUAUAUAAUUAUUAGCUUUUUGUAAAAUAUUAGUAUUAAAGAUAAAUAUUAAUGGUGCUAAAAUAAAUGUCAAAAGUACUUACGGAUAUAUAAAUAUAUAUUUUCACCACAUGUAAAAAGUCUUACUCUAUAAUCUCUUUAUAUUUCAAAUUUUUUUGCAAAUAUUUUAACUAAAUAAUUAUAAAUAGGCCUAAUGGAUAUGUAUGAAAUAAAACUAAUUUUUUUUUUAUUGUGUUAUUACUAGUAAAGUAUGUUCGACAAAAUUGUAUACUUAAAUGUGUAUGAAAAUGAUUUAUAAAUUUGAAUAUAGAUGAGAUUAUUAUGUACAGUAUGAAUACGCUGGUGAUUAUGUAGACAUGAAUAUGUAUGAAAUAGUUAUGUAUAAAUUUGAAUAUGUAUGAGAUUACUAUGUACACAUGGAUAUAUAUAACAUGAUGUAUAUAAAUAUUAUGUGAAAUGAACAUUAAAUAACAUAUAUGUAUGACAUGA